GGCAUCUAUCGAACAUGCGGAGUGAAAUCAAAAAUCGAAGAGAUAUGUGAAGCGUUUGAACGAUGCCAAGGUGAAUCAACUGUCGAUCUCGAGCAUGUACAUCCGAUGAAUCUUGCAUCCGUCAUCAAGUUAUACCUAAGGAAACUUCCCGAACCUUUGAUGACAUUCGAAGCAUAUGGUGAUUGGAUUCGAUUUGGAAAGAAAUGCACUGGGGAAUCAGAUGAAGCUCAGUUAGAGGAAUUGAAACGACUGUGUCGACGAAUGCCACGAUGUAAUUAUGAGACUCUGAAACAUUUGAUGUUACAUUUGAAUCGAGUUACUUGGUGA